AUGAAUAACUCGACACUGAAUAUCACCACAAAUGGAGCAUCUACUAACUCCACAUCUCUACAAUUCAAUGAUAAUUUGAGUCUAGAAAUGUAUAUCUUCCUCAUAAACGUGCUGUUUGGUUUUCCUACACAAUCCUAUGUGAUCUGGCUCAUCGUCAAAGGAACUGGAAAUGGCAUUUCCUCAGAGUUUUUCUUCCUUAAUCUUGCUGUUUGUGAAAUUUUCUGCUGUCUUGAUUGUUUAUUGUUUUUACUCACAAUCUGGUUUUCAGGUUUGAUGGUAUUUGGACUGUUUUUGCAAGGAUUAGUUUCCACCGGUCGUCCUCUGUUUCAGUGUCUGAUCUGUGUUGAGCGUUAUUUGGCUGUGGUUCAUCCUGUAACCUUUCUGAAGUACAAACCUCUGAGAUAUAAAGCGAUUUGUUGCACAUUUGCCUGGUUAUUAUGUUUUGGAUCCUGUUUAGUCUCCUACUUUACUUUAACAUCAUUCAACAUCGUUGCACAUGCAUGGUUCUUCUCGAUUGUCUUCAUUGUCCUCCUCUUCAUUCAGUUGUUUUGUCUUGUGGCUGUUCUCAGAGCUCUGAAGCAGUCAGGACCAGGAGAGAGAGGGAGAGAGAGAGAGGAGGAAAACCACAUGAAGAGAAGAGCGUUUCAUAUCAUUCUCAUAACUACCAUCAGCAUGGUUACCAUAUAUGUGCCAAUGUGUAUCUCAGGAUUCUUUAUUAUUAUGAUACAUCGGUACCUUUCCGAAUUUUGGAUUCCUUCUUUGUUGUCUUAUGUGCUGGGUGGGUUUUUACAGCCUGUUCUUUAUUUGCACAGAUGUGGUAAACUUUUCUGCUUUGCUUCCUUCUAA